GCUGGCUUUUGGCGUCCUCUAGUGGCGACUCGAAAGCGACACGUCUCUACUUGCCAGUGGUCCGUUCCGAACCCCCAAAAAUGUGGCUUAAAAUAUUAUCCAGACUCACCGAGUUCAAACCUUUGAGGGUGACUCCCUGCAGGUUGACUUCCAACGGCGGGCUGACGGUGGAACACGACCGACAGAACCGGCGCUUCGUCGUUUCCCCGUGUAGCGGGACCGGAGUCAGCGAGAGUGCCAUACUCACCUACCGAUUCACAUCGGCUAAUGAGGUGGAUCUAGUGUCCACCUUUGUCCCGGAGGCUUGUCGAGGUCAAGGGGUGGCCGCGCUCCUGUCAAAGGCUGCCCUUGACUUUGUGCUGGAGGAAAAGCUGAAGGCUUGCGUGUCCUGCUGGUACAUCAAGAAGUACAUGGAGGAUCACCCUCAUCAUCACAAUUAUAAAGAGAUUCAAAUCAGAUGACGACGCAGUGGUCAAGUAUUGUUAGCCUGAGAAAUAGAGCAAUAAAAUUUAAGUUAUAUCCGAA